ACACGUUGUGGUUUUGUGGUGAGGAAAAGUCAUAACGACUUAACAUGUAACGUUACACCAUUGUUACUAGCUAACGUUGUUGGAUUGUUCGGCCUGGGUCUGUUUCAUUGUGGAGAUGUAUUCAUACCUUCCCACGAAUAAGGUUCCAUGUUUCAAAUCCAAGUUUAUCACUGCUGAGCUGGCUCGCCUCUUCAGCCAGUCGGACAGUGAGGAGGAGUUUGAAGGUUUCAGCGAGGACGAGGAAGACGAGGACAGAGGAUCUUUCAACAAACGUCCAAAGACCAUGAUGGUGGACUCAGAGGAGGACAGCGACAUGGACACAGGCUUCUACUCUGAUGGCGAGGAGGCUCCCCCACCAAAGAGGAAGAGUCUUUUAGUUGCCCUGAGGUUCCCUGUCAAAAGACUGUCGACCCCCAAACAGGAGACGCAAGAGAAAAAGAUCAAAAAGCCAGUCGAAGAAAGGCCUCCUUCACUGAGAGCCAGAGGAAGGCAGAGCAUGAAGCAGCAGCAGCAGCAGCAGCAGGAGUGGGAUAAGGAAGAGGAGCAGCAGGAGGAGGAAGAAGACAAAGAGGAAGUCGUAUCUCUGAGCCUACGGAAGCGAGACAAGAACAUCCAGGAAAACAAGGCCAUGCUGGCUAAGCUGUUUGCUGAUUUGAGCACCACGGCUGAACUCACUCCACCCAACACCCCUCAGAAGAAGAAGCGGACGCCACAGAGAGCAACGCCACGCAAGCGCAAGUUCAAACCGGAGAUGGGGUCAGAAAGGAGGAACCCGUCCCGCAAGGCUCGUCCACGUGAGAACUUUGCAGUGGAGGAAAAGAGUGAGCCAGUCGCCCGCAGAGGCCCCAGGACUGUAGACAUCAGGAGGCUGAUCGAGGUGGACGAGGAAGUCAGUGAGGGCAAGACGAGGAAGAGGAGCCGCAGUAAGAUCCAGUAUGACGUGAGGACAGUUGACGAGAUCACCAAAGAAGACCUGGACAACAUAGCGUACCGCAGCAAGGACAAGAUCUGGGACAAAGAGAAUGGCAGCUCGUGUCACCAGUGCAGACAGAAGACUCUGGACACCAAGACGGUGUGUCGCAGUGGUUUUUGUGUGGGGGUCAAAGGUCAGUUCUGUGGGCCGUGCUUGAAGAACCGCUACGGAGAGGACGUGCGUGAUGUGCUGCUUGACCCGACAUGGUCGUGCCCCAUCUGCCGAGGGGUGUGUAACUGCAGCCUGUGUCGUAAGAAGGAGGGCCGCUGCGCUACUGGCAUCCUGGUGGGACUGGCCCGCUACAACGGCCACGACAAUGUCCACGAGUAUCUGGAGAGCAUUCAGAAGGAUCUCGAGUGAAGUCCAGAGAGAAGACCAGAGAGGAAAACCUGCUCGCACAGCUAGAAGCUCUCAUCCUGCACAAUACCGUAGACCUCUCUUUAACGCACAUUUAGAUGUAGAUCAACCUUUUCUCUAACUAGAGAAACAAAAGCAAAAAUUAGUUUUUUUUUACUCUCCUCUAAACACAAGGCACAUACACUGUUAAUAUGUUUUAUAUAUCCUGAUUUAAGGCUGCAUGAGAUGCAGGGAUGCUUUUGUUUUUUAAAGUCAGUACUCAGUUUUGAGUUGUAUAUUUCCAUUUGAAUAUCUCUACUGUCGAUGUUCACUAAAACAAAUCUAAGGUUUGGUUAUUUUCUGUGUUACAGAUGCAAAAGGAGCCCUUUUUAUAUACCAACUACUUUUUUAUGAGUAAUUUUUACAGCGUUGUUGGCAAUCCACUGUAAUUUUAAUAAAGCACGGGGCAUUAUCUAAA